AUGGAAACUGGUCAGGGGAAGAAAGAGACGGGCAGCAUUGCGGGAUGCAGUUCUAACUCGCCCGCAGAGACGACAAAAUGGUCCAAAGGGCGCAAUGCGAACGUAAAACGACGCAUAGGCCAAUCAGCGACCGUUGAUAACAACUCGGGCCACGAAAAGAGCGCUUUCCUGUCGGGUUGGAUUCCAACGGCCCACAUGAUUGGCACCAAUUCCCCAUUCCCCAUUCUCCAUUCCCCCUUCCCCCUCCUCCCACUGCCAUAUGUCGGUGCCGGUGUCGCUUGUCUGUCGUUUGUGCGCGGCCUGGCUAGCCCUUCAUCACGUCUUGGCAAGCUCAAAUCGAGGGGUGGGCUGGCUGGCUUCACCGAGGGUGGGCAGUCGACUACAGAGUAUGCAUAUAUGAUAUCUCAAUACGCUAUCAACGACGAAUCCAUGGCCGCUACUGAAAAUAGUAACAAGGGGUACGAGGAGUUUACGGCCUGGGCAGAGCCAUCGAGAAGCCGAAAAGGCACUGCACCCGAGGAGGCUCUGACUCGCCACCUCUACUUCUGGAUAGAAAUACGGAGUUUGGAGUGCGUAUCAGAAGUACCGGCAAGUAUCGUCAUAGUCCCGCAAAUCAGGAGGUACCACGGGAAAACCUCGACCCGGUACGAUUGGGGGAAGACUUUCCGUCUGAGCCACCCAGCAGCCAGCCCAGCCCUCCACUGCGAGCCCAUAAAGGCACCAAUUAGGCAUCCGCACCCCCCACCAUCGCCCCCCGCCAUCGCUCAGCUAGGCACCCUGACACACACCCCGCUUCCCAUUUACACCCCACUUCGCAGGUACGGCGUGGUACGGCCUUGGUACCGGCUGCAGAACUACAACCCGGAGACACCCCGUGAACGUGAAGUGGCUGGCCUGGGAAUCCGAACCUUGGGUCCAGCCUCGCCCCACCCACGACAGAUAAAAUCCUGGAAGUCCGCCCCUCCAUCCGUCCGCUUCUGA